GAGCUCAGGAUAUCAUUGGCUUUCUGAGCUGCAACUUCUCCUUAUUAGUUCCACUAUCAAAACAGGAACAAUACAACAGGUGCCGAUGGCUAGAGCAGAGAGUUUUUCACACUUCUUCAUUUCAGUAGAUCUCAGAUUUCAGUAGAUUUCAGUAGAAGAGGAAUGUUGAAGUUGUGCCUUCUGCAUGUGCUCCUUCCUCCCCAAAUACUCCUGCCUGAUGCCUUACCCCACCUGCUGCCGAAUGGCUCCACGGCCCCCUGCACCCAGAGCCCUGAUGAACCCAGCACUGCUUCAGACACUGUAAUAGCACAGCAUGACCAAGUUGCACAAAUGAUGUGUCGCAUCCUUCAGCACUUGAGAAGAAAAGCCAGAUUUGCAUUGUCAGGGAAUGGUUUAGUAAUUCUGCCAAUUAAAACCUGUUUAUUUACUACGGCUACUUUUAUUAUGUUGUUAGUAGUGGUAUGUUGAUGAUGAACAGUGGCUGUGCAGUAAAAUCAAGACUGUAGAUAUUGCAACAGACAAUAAAAUUCCUCUGUUGCUUAGCUAACAUGGUACUUCCCACAUUGUAUAAGAAAUUUGGCAAGUUUAGAGUGAUGUUUUAAGUGUUGGGAAAUUUCUGUAUACUCAAGAGGGUGUUUCUGACAACUGUAGAACAGAGAAAUCAAAAGGGGGUGGGAGGAAUUUAAAAGAAGAGACAGGUGCAAGAGAGCCUGCAGUCCCACUGUGUGUACGACACUGGCAACAUGAGGUCUUUGCUAAUCUUGGUGCUUUGCUUCCUGCCCCUGGCUGCUCUGGGGAAAGUCUAUGGACGAUGUGAGCUGGCAGCAGCUAUGAAGCGUCUGGGACUUGAUAACUAUCGGGGAUACAGCCUGGGAAACUGGGUGUGUGCUGCAAAAUUCGAGAGUAACUUCAACACCCAUGCUACAAACCGUAACACGGAUGGGAGUACUGACUACGGAAUCCUACAGAUCAACAGCCGCUGGUGGUGCAACGACGGCAGGACCCCAGGCUCCAGGAACCUGUGCAAUAUCCCAUGCUCAGCACUGCUGAGCUCGGACAUAACGGCGAGCGUGAACUGCGCGAAGAAGAUCGUCAGCGAUGGAAACGGCAUGAACGCGUGGGUCGCCUGGCGCAACCGCUGCAAGGGCACCGACGUCCACGCGUGGAUCAGAGGCUGCCGCCUGUGA